CCCUCACUGGUUGUGGGGAGCCGUCACUGUUGACUGUGGGCAGCACAGCCUCCCCUGCCAACAGAAGACAUAUAAAGCCUCCAGACGCUCACUUCCUGCUGCCCACUGGGAUCAUGAAGGCUGCGCUCCUUGCCCUGCUGGCCAUCGGCCUGGCCCUGCAGCCAGGUGCCGCUCUGCAGUGUUAUUCAUGCACAGCCCAGGUGAACAACGACGAUUGCCUGAACGUGCAGAACUGCACCCAGGCCCAGACCCAGUGCUGGACGGCGCGUGUCCGUGCCAUCGGACUCGUGACAGUCAUCAGUAAGGGCUGCAGCUCGAACUGCAUGGACGACGCGGAGAACUACUACGUAGGCAAGAAGAACAUCACGUGCUGCUCCACUGACCUGUGCAACGCGAGUGGGGCCCACAGCUUGCAGCCGGCCACGGUCUUGGGGCUGCUGGCCACACUUGGCAGCCUGCUGCUGUGGGGCUCCAGCCAGCUGUAGACUCCAGGAGGGUGCUGCUGUAGCCUACAGAAGGCAAGGGUGUCCAGGUUCCCCAGGCCACUCCUCUGAUCCAUUGGCCCAGUUGAACGCCCCACCCCCACCCCCGGUCUCUGCAGGUGUGUGCAGACAUGGGUCUGGCCCUGUCCCUACCCUCCCAUGGCUUCCUCCGGGGCUCCUCUCUGCUGUAUUCUCAGGCUGCUGUUCCCACAGCUGGCAUUUCUGCCCCGCCAACUCGCUCGGGCAUCUCUGCUGCCGGGUGCCCUCACCACUUCCCCUUCAGGAGCUGAGCCAACAUGUGUGGCGGCACUUGGGGAGGGCCUGGCAAAGUGUGAGAUGAGGUGAACAGAGUAGAAGCAAGGCUGGGAGGCCUGGGGAAGCCUGGGAUUUGAGGCGGGAGGGGGAACCUGCCCCAUGCUCAAGGGUCCUCAAGGCCACAGCAUCGGUGCGCUGCCCUUAAUAAAUGCCUGCAGGGUA